AUGUCGGCUUGCGCGAAGCGAAAGCUACUGGAGCGUUCGUGGUAUGCGCCUAGCCCGUUGACGAGCGCCCGCUGUGAGACAAGAUCGGCCAAGACGGCGACGGCAACACGAUCGUUCCAAGGCAGAACAAGUUGUGGAGGCAGACUGCAGUCCGCAGACAUCGCCAAUAUCUCCCUCGAUCAAUUCUGUCUUGAUUCUCGGAGUCCGGACCUCUGCAUAGCGGACACUACGAAACCCAGAACCAAGACUCAAGACCUCCGACGAACUGGUACUUGGGUCUGGCUCCUCUCUCUAUGGGCCCGCCACGUUCGCUACCUACCAUCGCCCCUCCUCCGGCCGGCUGACCCUGAGCGCACGCGCGUUCGUCGUAUGCAUUGCUGGCUAGACAAAGAUGACCGAAGCAAGUCUAGGAAGGGCGGUCAAUUUGUCGCCAGUACCACCUUGAAUGAAUUGAUUAUCUCGGGCUCCGCAUCGUGUCGACCAUCUCCUUGGACAACCCAUAUUGAGCACUGGAGCACGCCCAGAGAUAUGGAGGGGCCCGGGAGAACCCACUCCACGUCACAGCAUAUCCAUGCCAUUCCUCCCCUCAACACCCGAGCCCAAAACACACUCAUUCUCAUCUUCUUGCACCCCCACCGGGAAUGGGGAAAGGAAGACAUGUCGAGAGGGGCAAGGGAGGAUAAUGGGGCGUCAGUGGGAUGGUCCAUAUCCAGAUCGGCGUCUACGAGGCACGACACGGCUGGCGCAAUAUCGCUGCUUCCCAGGUCUCUGGUAUUGUACACACGGCCUGCUGCCGUCCUUGGAUCAUUAGAUGCAGGGCCGAUACCCUUCACCCCCGUCCGUCCCCAUCGCACCUUUCAGAUCAACAGCAUCAGCAUGCGCUUAGAAGAUCCCUUCCUCGACGAGACAGUUGAGCUCGAUCAAGGACCAGGGCCGGCUGUUCACUUCGGGAACCCGGUCGACCGCUUUCUGAUGUUUCUGUUUGUUUUUCUUGUCUUUUUUUGGCGAUUCUUCACAGGUCCAUUGGGGGUCUCUGCUCAUCAGCUUUUCAAGGUGUUGCAUGGGACUGGCCGAGUUGCUUGUCACCCCGAUAGACACGAACUGCUAACCAUACCGGAUGAAGAGAAGAGGGAGAGGGUCCAAGCAACGUUGACGAUACUGCGACCUUCUCUUCCCAGGGUUUUCGAUGCGCCCAUUCAGGCUUGGCCUUGCUCGUUUCCGCUCGGAUCGAGGAAAAUUGAACACAGAGUUCAACGGUGUAGGAGUAGAGAUUGGCCUCUUUGCAACAGAGAGAUUGAAGGCAGAAAUAUGAGCAGGGCGUUGCAGAAGGAGGACGGGCAGAGCGGGCACUCGCGUGGUUUGUGCGUCUAUCCAUUCGGCAAGGGCGCCUCCCCUUUCUUUGGUGGUGCGGUUACCGGUCCCCUAGCUAAGCCCUGUCAACAGUUCAAUGGGAACAUGGGUCCUUGUGAUGUCAGCAGGGCGAAAGACAACACAGCAGCAGCCAACGCCCGGCCCGGCUCGGCUCAGUAUGGUCAGAGGAGAUGGAACGCAUCCUAUCGGACAGCAUUAAGCCAACCUAAUGACCAAAGCGAGAGACAGAGAGAGGGACAGGCAGAAGCAGAGAAAACACAAAAAAAGGCACUUUCCGUCGACAGCUCUUGCAAGGUCUUUUACAGCUCAUUUGCAUACUGCAUACCGAGGAGCAAAAGAAAAGUCUUGGACUUUGCAGGUUGA